AUACAUGUGAUAAAUAGUACAAAUAUAUGUUUAUAUUGCAGAAAUUACAUUUGCCAAAAGUUAUCGUUAAAGUUUUUAUUGAUAAAAUUAAUGAUAAAGUUUUUUAAUUCCUACGCCUAGUUCUCUACAAUAAUUUUGAUGUUACAUUGUAAAAUGAACUAUUAACAAACUUUGAUCUCAAUAUAUUACAAUUAUGCUAUUUAUGGAUCAAUCUAAAUCAGCUGAUCUUUCAAUGCAGGAAAAUAAAAAAGUUUUUAUGAGUAAUGCAGAAUGGGAUAAUUUGGCUGUAUAUUUAAUAGGAAUUCGAGAAAGAUAUAGAGAAAAUAUUAUUAUACCAGCAACGAUAGCACCUGUACAAAUUAAAACUAAUGAAGAAAAAAUGGUUGAAAGAGUUAUGGAAAGUUGUGUCUUUAAGAGUAUUAUGAGCUGUGUACUUGGAUAUGGAUUAGGAGCUGCUAUAGGUUUAUUUACAUCAAGCGUAAAUCCGGAUAUGACAAGUGUAGAUAAAAAACAAACUGCACGUGAAAUAUUUAGAGAAAUGAAAAUGACAACGCUUAGUUAUGCGAAGAAUUUUGCCGCUGUGGGUUUAGUAUUUUCAGCCGUUGAAUGUAGCAUAGAAUCUUAUAGAGGUAAAACUGAUUGGAAAAAUGGUACUUAUGCAGGCGGUGUGACGGGUGGUCUAAUAGGCUUAAGAGCUGGUGUAAAAGCAGGAAUAAUAGGGGCUGCAGGAUUUGCAGCAUUUUCUACUGCAAUAGAUUAUUACAUGCACAAAUCAUAAACAAUGUUUAAUGGAAUUACAAUUUAUGUAUUUCUAUAGAAAAGAUAUAAAAGCUUGCAUAUACUGCGCAUAUUUAUAAUACAUAAAAAAGCAUAAAACAUGUUUAUAAUAUAUAAAUACGUAUAAAUGCUUAAAAAUAAGUACAAUGGUCAAGGUAUAAAAUAUGUGAAAAAUUGAUAUCUGUUCAUCUUAAAUUAUCUAAAACUUGACUGUACUCCCACAGAUCGAUUGAACUAUUCUUUCUUUAUUUAUUUUAUAUACCUCAAAAUACUAUUAAAUUGUAUUAUAAAAAUACUAAGUUAUAUCUUAAUAAUCUGGUAAAUAAAAAUGAAGUAAAUUAAAUGCAUUUUUGGAAUAAUCCUUAAUACUUUUCACAUAAUACCUUUGUAAGAUAAAUAUGUGCAAAAUGUUAUCAUCUAUUUUUGGAUAAUUUUCCAUAUUAGUAAACAAUAUCUUUUCUAAGUUAUAAUAUAUUUUGUU